AUGACGAUGAGAAUCGUGGUGCAGCAGAUGAGUGGAAACGUUACUACAGUUGAAGCUUACCCUGACAUGACCAUGGGCGAGUUCAAACGACAGCUCAAAGCUUCACAAGAAUGGGAAGAUGACUUGACGAAAAGGCUCACCAUGGUCGACCUGCUCAUGGGAGACACUCAGCUGAUUGAUGACGAUCAUACAGUGAUGCAAGCCGGCCUUUCGGAGGAUGUCGCCUUGGACGUCCUGUUCAGAGUCCGCUUAAUCGAAUGCAAAACGAAGGAAGACUUGAGUUGCUUGAGUGGCGAUGUGGAAGAGUUAUUUGCAGUGAGCAUCCCAGAGGACACAUGGGACAUUCCUAUGUUUGCCUUCAAGAACUGCAACUCAAUUGGAAGUGUCACCAUUUCGAAUGGUGUGCAUCUGAUCAGAGAGCAUGCUUUUGAUGGCUGCAGCUCACUGACACGUUUAACGAUUCCAGAUUCUGUGACUCGCAUUGAACCACAGGCCUUUGCUGGCUGCCGGUCACUGACCAGUGUGACGAUUCCGGAUACGGUGAACAGCAUCGGACUACAGGCCUUUGCUGGUUGUCGCUCAUUGGCAAGUUUGACCAUUUCGGCCGAGGUGACUCAGAUUGCAGAAGCGGCCUUUCGUUGCUGCAGCUCCUUGACCAGCUUGAGAAUUCCGAAGUCUGUGACAAACAUUGGAGACCAGGCGUUUGCUGGCUGCAGUGCGUUAAGACAUUUGGAGAUUCCUGGCUCUGUGACCAACAUCGGACCGAGGGCAUUUUCUGGCUGCGGCUCACUGACCAGUUUGAAGAUUCCAAACUCUGUGACGAAUAUUGGAGACGCGGCCUUUCGUGGUUGCAGGUCAGUGACCAGUUUCAUGGUUCCAGACUCUGUAACAGAGCUUCGAGAGGGGACUUUUGACAGCUGCUGCUCGUUGACCAGUUUGAGAAUUCCAGACACUGUCACUAGCAUUGGAGACUGGGCCUUUGCUAACUGCAGCACAUUGACAAGCCUGACACUUCCAGAAUCUCUGACUAGCAUUGGGCACCAGGCCUUUUCUGACUGCAGUUCGUUGACAAGCUUAAGAAUUCCUGACGCUGUGACUAAGAUUGGACGUAAGGCCUUUGAGGGCUGCAGCUCAUUGACCUUGUCAGUCCACUCUGACAUUGCAGAGAUGGUUCCGGCUCACUGUGUCUCACUGAGAAGUCGAAGCGUUUUCACUUCGGACGAAACCAUCCGAGAAGUCGAGCAGUGA